AGGAGUACUAUAUAUAAGGGAGCACAGUUGCAGUUAGCCUCGGCAGCUCAGCUCGAUCGAGUAGUGCUCAUCCAUCUGCAGAUUGCAUCGAUCGAUCGACGAUGGAGGGGAAGGCCGCCGUCGUCGCCAGCGCCGCUCUGCUCUCCACGCUAAUCAUCCCGCUCCUCCUCCUCUCGCAGCACCAGCCGCGCGCCAUCGCCGACCAUCUCUCCGCCGGCGCCACCGCCGCAACGCUGUUCGACGCCUUGGCGCGACUCCUCGGCCUGCUCAGCCCGAGGAACCACAUGAUCCUGCUCUGCAACGCCAUCCUCCUCCUCGUCCUCAGGGACGCCGGCCUCCUCGCCUGCCCCGCACCACCUGCGCCUGCGCCUCCGCCUCGCCACCACGCCGCCGCCGACGACGACGCCUCACCACCUGUCGCCGCGAGUUCUGCUGCUUCCUCUCGCCGCCGGCCCCAACGACCGAGGAGCAGCGCCGCCGUCGUCGUCUGGCGCCCGAGCAAGCUCGCCGUGGUAGACGUGCUGCACGUUGACGACGAGGACGACGGCAGCGAUGGCGAUAGGCGGCGGCGACGUCGUCCAGCACAGCGCCACGAGCCGGCCAUGGCGACGACGAUGGCGCCGCCGCCAAUCGCGCUACCGCCGGCGGGGGAGGAGAAACAGAGCUACGACGGCCUCGUCGACGACGACGAUCAUGUUUCCGCGGGAGCGAUCGUCGUGGUGGAUGAUGAUGCCAACAAGAUCAGCUCCCCUGUCCCCGACUCCGAUCACCAUCGCUACUCCGGCGAGGACACAAACGGACGAGCCGACGACGAAGAGGAAGCCUUCGACCAGUGCGGCGGCGGCGACGACGACGACGAUGUGGACGACAUGAACAGGAGGUUCGAGGAGUUCAUCGCCAACACAAAGAGGAAGAUGCAGAUGGAGAGCCUCCAGCUACAGCUAGUCAUGAUGAAGGUUUAGAACAAUAAAUAAAAAAAACUUUUUUUCUUUUUUCCCUCUCUUUCCAGGGAGAAAAAAAAAAGAAUUGUAGGAGAAACUAAUAGUGCUUGUACUUGUACAGUACUACCGGCUGCAUGAUCACUGUACAAACUUUUUGGAUUUUGUUCACUGAUGAAAUUAAAACCAAACCGCCUAGUUUGGGAAUGGCCGAAUGA